AUUCUUGGCGCAGCAUGAUCAUCAUUGUUGCACGUUGUCGUUGAAUGGACCAACACACGUGUUCGUACACGAAACGAAAAAAUCUGGAUUUUUACGAAAUAUCAUCAAAAUGGCAACGAAAAAUCGAAAUAAACGACAAUCGAAUUCGAAUCGAACCGAAGAAAAAAAGAAUCCUUUAAAACGACAAAAAUUACAUAAAGCUUAUUAUUCAGCUGCAAAUGUUUUAUGGCAAUUGAAUGAAAAAUCUGGUUCAUUAAAUAGUUUGAUGAAUCGUUUUACCGGCGAUAAAUGUAUCAAAAUGAUCUAUGCAUUAGCCGUUAAAGUGUUAAAAAAUCAUAAUAUAAUCGAACAGAUUCAAACAAAAUUACCCGAUUUCGAUUCGAACGAAAUGAAUUCAUAUUUGAUUGAAAUUCUUAUUGCUGAACUUUUGUUUGGUGAAAAAAGUUUUCUAAAAUAUCGUCGUAAAGAUGAAGUAAAAUAUGUGAUUGAAAAUCGACAAAAAAUUAUUGAUCAAUAUGCAAAAGUGAAAAAUAUUGAGAAUGAAACUUCGAAUGAUCCAUGGAUAAGAUAUAUUCGAAUAAAUUAUCUAAAAAAUUCUAAAACAGAAUUGAUGAAAAAACUUGAACAAAUUGAAUUCAAACAACGAUUAUAUUCGAAAAAUGAUAUUCAAUUUGAUCAAUUUAAAACAAUUGCAUUAUCAUUAGCUAUUGAUGAAUAUCUGGUUGAUUAUCAUUUCGAAGAUGUAUUUGUAUUCAAUGAUGAAUCGACAAAAAAAUUAACCCCAUUAUAUGAAGAUGGGUCGAUUGCAAUGCAAGAUAAGUCAAGUCUUUUGGCAAUUGAAGCAAUGAACCUUGAGGAAAAUAUGAUCAUAAUGGAUGCAUGUGCAGCACCUGGAAUGAAAACAUCGGCAAUUGCAUCACGUUUAAAUAAUUUAUGUACAAUUUAUGCAAAUGAUAAAGAUAAAAAACGUUUUAAUGAUAUGAAAAUAUUAUUAAAACGUAAUGGUGUACGAUUUAAAUCUUCUACAGAAGAUUUUACACAAAUUGAUCCGACAAAAUAUUCAAAUCUUGAUUGUUUAUUACUUGAUCCAUCUUGUUCGGGUAGUGGUAUUAAUCGAAGACUUGAAUAUACUCAUCAGAAUCAUGGUGAUCAAUCAACGGAAGAAAAUUUAAAUAUUAAAAAAAGAUGUGAAAAUUUAGCAAAAUUUCAAUUAGCUAUUCUACAAUCGGCUAUUGCUUUCCAGGCUAAACGUAUUGUUUAUUGUACAUGUUCCAAAUAUCAAAUUGAAAAUGAAGAUGUUAUCGAGAAAUUAUUUGAAAUGAAUUUAGAUCUGAAAAAUCAAUAUGAAAUUAUUGAUCCAAUGCCUGAAUGGCCUUUAAGAGGACAAGGUAAUUAUUCAUUUUCAUUAAAAUGUUUACGUGCCGAUUAUGAAACGACAAUGACAAAUGGAUUUUUUUGUUGUGUUUUACAACGUCUACAGCAACAAUCGAAUUCAGAUCAAUCAAAUGAUGAUGAUAAUAAAGCAGAGAAUAUCGAUAAUAACAAUCAUCACGAUGAUGAUGAUGAUGAAAUGGAAUCAAAGAAACCGAAGAAAAAGCUAAAAAAGAGGAAAUCAAUGGCAAAUGAUUUCAUAAUCACUUAAUGGAUGACGAUUUAUACGAUGU